UGGUGCCAGGCUGUAGGGGGUCUCGGCUGGAUGUCGACGUGGGGGCUGGAGGGGGGCUUCACUCUCAAUCCUCUAGCAGCUUCUCUCUGGUGAGCCUGUGGUUGCCUUGCCCUGGGAAUGCACAGCCCUGCCCCGUUCCACAGAUUCACAGUCAGCUCCCACAGUGCGGGGCCUGCUCUCCACACGGAUCCUUCUUUCUGCUUCUCUGCUCCUCGGACUCCAGGGCUUCAGCUGCUUGGGCGCUGGCCCCUUCCUCCUCGGCAGAGUUGGGCCACUGUAUUCUGCUCUGACUCUGGCUGGUGACACUGCAUUUUGGAAGCCUGCCCCAGCGGAGAGCUGGGAAAUGGGAGUUUAUCUCCUAAGUUUCUUCUCUCUCAGGAAGCACAGUCUGCACUGCUGGUUGAUGGCUGCCUGAAAACGAGCAUCUCCUAAAUCUCAACUGUAUAGUUGAUAGAGUAGCCAGCUUUGCAUCACUCACUCCAGCAGGUUCCCCAGUAUGAUUUCAUUGUCUAUAUUCAGUUCUGGUCUCUUCCCCAAAGUUUCUGGUUGAUGCAACAGAAGUUGCGGUUCGAGGAGCUCUUUUGGGUACCACUCAUGUCUGCUUCAGCGUAGAACUAAUGAAGGGAGGCAGAUAUCAGGCAGGUGGAGCUAAAACUGCCUGUGCAUCACUGAUAAAUUUGGGCAGGUUUCCAAAUGUAACAAGAGCUUGAAGAGGGUGCAAUUAGUCAUGAAACAAAAGGCCAGAUAAAAAACAUGAUCAUCUACAACAGAAAACUGAGUUCCAGGAAACAGUCUUGAGGAAGAAAAACAAGGAAGACAACAGGUGUGUGCUUCUGUGCUGUGGGGAUGCCUGGGUCCAGGUAUAAAGGCUGCCCAGGGAAGCUGUCCCCAGACAUCACUGCCCUCUGCCUCGACCUUAUCCAGCCACACGCCACCAUGUGCCACACCAGCUGCUCCUCAGGCUGCCAGCCAGUCUGCUGCGUGCCCAGCCCCUGCCAGCCAUCCUGUUACGUCCCCGUGGGCUGCCAGUCCUCCGUGUGUGUGCCCGUGAGCUUCAAGCCAGCCGUGUGUGUGCCCGUGAGAUGCCAGUCCUCUGUGUGUGUGCCUGUGAGCUGCAGGCCCGUCAUGUAUGCGGCUCCCUCCUGCCAGUCCUCUGGGUGCUGCCAGCCCUCCUGCACCAGCGUCCUCUGCAGACCCAUCUCUUGCAGCACCCCUUCCUGCUGCUGAGCAUGAAUCUCCAGACCUGCUGCUCCCAGUGCAGAUGAGGCCACGCCUGUACACUCCCUGGAUGAGUCCUCAGUUGGUCUUCUGCACCUGGUGCAGGUGAAAAGCAUGCUCAGUGAACCCUCUGAAUUCUGGAUCGAGAAUAUGAUAGAAUGAUCUGGAGCCCUGGCUGAACUUGCCUAUCCCCCCAGGGAAGUCUGGGGUCCCAGAGUCAUUCUCUGACCCCAUGAGAGCCAAAUAAACCAGCUUUCCCCAUGCAGCUCUGCGUUUCUUGUCUGUCUUUUUUAUUUCCA